CGUCAGGUUGAGAACUUGGGUUUUGAGAUUCGUCGGACGCAGCUUCCUGGUGGCUUACGAGACUACAGCACAUAUAUACGUACUGUAGGUCAUUCGCAAGCGAAGUUUUAGGCUCGGGACUGAGCCUCUGUCGAUGGAACGCAGACGAACUGGUUCCACCACACAAAUAUGAUGUGGUAUGAUCAAUCCGUAGAUGGAGAGUUUUCCUCUGUCGCAGUGCAUCCGGCGUUCCCAGUCAUAGCUGCAGCCACGAAGGAAGGGCGCGUCGAGCUUUAUGAUGAUGAAGGGAAGAAGCAGGAAGGAAUCGACGUAGCGAAAGCGGGUGCGGGGGAGGCCAAGCUGGCGUGGCAUGCCGUACGGAAGCUGCUAGCUGUGGGUUGGGGCAACGGCUCUAUCGCAAUCUGGUUUGACAACGAACAAGUCCUACGAGAAGGAAAUGUGCAUCAAUCGUCGAUCUCGCUGGUCGAGUGGAAUCCGGUUGGAAACAAGCUGAUAACUGGUGACGAAGACGGCGAUGUUGUUGUCUGGAAAGUAGACCUAAGAGGGCGACUGGCUGUUUCCUGUCAAUACCGUCUCAAGAACAAGGUCACCCAUUGCCUCUUUCGGCCGUCUCAAUUGCUCGACGUGGAUUUACGCAACGUUUCCUCUCCACCUUUCUUUUUGGGAACUGUGACCGGGUCAAUAUUCUACGCGGAUGAUAUGGGUCAUUGUACCGAGAGCAUGUCCACUUCGGCUCCAAUAGCGGCGCUCCUGAUGCUGGAACAGAAGGACACUGUCAUUGUUGUCACGACGAACAUGCUUGUCUUCAGACUUCUCCUGACUCCAGAUGGGAAAUUGACUCAGGAAUCGCAGAUGAAAUUAAGCAGCGCCGCCAGUAAGAGCGAUGCAAAAUCGAUACAUGUUGUCUGGGCUGGCCCAUCCACCUUGGCUUUGUCUGUCGGCGGGCAGCCAAUAUGGAUUUGGGACAUUGAGAACGAAGAGAAUUAUGUCCUAAACAUGUCAGGCACAGAGAAAGUGCGAAUCAACUGCGUCGCAUUUAGCAGUCACCAGAGCUUGCUGGUUGCUGGAACCGAUUCCGGUCACGUCGUCAUAUGGAAAGGACGAAUCAAUCAAAGCACAGAUGAAGAGAAAGGCAGAACACAAGUCUGGGAGAUGCUAUCCAAAACAAACACCGGAGGCAGUGUAGAGGAUGUGUCAUGGGGCGUGCAAUCAAGUGUACUCGCCGUUCGCAAGCGUGGCGGACUAAAACUGCUCACAAGACAAGUGAUGCACCGCCAAUUUUGGGGCCGCAACGCUGCGAUACAAGUCGAACAAAGCCGCGUUCUACUGUAUCCGCGCGGUAAGGAUCCGAUAUCGUGCCCGGUCGAUAUGCGCAUCAAAGGGCUUGCAUUGGCUCGCAACCGUUUCGCCGUGUGGAAUGGUCAUAGCAUUGAGAUUCAAACAUACGAUGCCGGUCCUCUGGACCGCGGCAGUGCCUCUGAUAUAAGUGGAGGGGACUACGCUAUAAGUUCUUCACGGGAAGGGUUAGCGGGCACAGAAUCCGGUGGCACCAGAAGCACAAUCAGUACAACAGCUAUGCAGAUCACUAUCGAUGAUCAGUUUGUCUACAUCGGCCAAGGAAAUCGUGUCGAAGUCUGCAACUCACUCGGAGUAGCGAAAGGUGUCAUCUCCUGGAUCGAAAGCGAGGGAGACAUCUCGGGCAUCAUCAGUAGACCCGCGUGGUUGUGUUUGACAACGAGCAAUAAAUACCUGAAGCUGGUGGACACGAAAAGCGGACAGUUCAAGCAAGUGCUAUCGAAGAAAGUGGAUCCAAAGUUAUCAUUACAUUCAAUCCACAGCGCAAGGGUGAACGCUGAUGGCUCAAUGAUUUGCUAUACGGGCGACAAGCUGCUUCCAGGUGCUGGUGAUUUGACGUACGUCGACCCGAGAAUCCACGUAUACGAUGUCGAGCGUGAUACGACAUUGUCGUUUGAUCUUACUCCCUAUGGAGGCGCGGCAGCCUCAUAUCGAUGGGACUGGAACGACCCAAAGAUACUGGUUUGCCAGACUGGAAGGAUGGAUGACAAACCGGAGACGGCCUCGCGUAUCGUGUCCUUUUUCGUCACGCAUUCCCAUGGCCUCACGCAUCACUCGACGCACCCCGCUCCCGCAUCUGCGGAGGGUCUCCUCGGGGUGAACAUGCCCUCUCACUAUCAUAUCAAUAAAGCCUCACUGGAUAAGCCGGGCAAUCUUCUUCUCAGUGUUCCAGCUCCUGAUUUGGAAGGCCUCGAAAAUGCAGAUCCAGCUACUUUGAAGUCUAUGUUAGAAUUCAGCUUCCACCUGGCCACUGGAAACGUCAAUGAGUCUAUAAGGUCACUACAACAUGUGCGCAAUCCAUCAACGUGGAGAACCCUUGCGAAGUUGUGCAUCAAGACGCGUAGGCCAGACAUUGCAGCCAUCUGCUUUGCAAACAUGGGCGACAACCGCGCAGUGGCAGAGUUGGAGCGGGUGCAGCAGGAUGGGAGUGGCGAAGAAGUAGCAUUGGCCAUCGGCGCUAUGUUCCUGGGGAUGGAGGGAGAAGUGGAGGCGUCCUGCACGGCCUGCGAGCGGUGGGAUAUCUUGAACCGGUUUUACCAGGCCACCAAUCGAUGGGAAAAGGCGCUACAAAUAGCGGCCACAAAGGACCGUAUACACCUCAAGACUACGUUCUACAACUUUGCGCGCUGGUUAGAGGAGAUCGGUGACUUCAGUGGCGCGCUAGCUGCUUUCGAGAAGAGCGGAUGCGAAAGCUUCGAAGUACCUCGGCUCUUACUUUCCAACAAUGAUGUCAAAGAAUUGGAAAAGUACAUCACCGGCAACAAGAGCAAGCUCUUGAAGAAAUGGUGGGCGCAAUACAGCGAGUCGCACAACAAUCUCAAAGGCGCAUUGCAGAACUAUGAGGCCGCGGGCGACACUCUUUCCGUCGUUAGGAUCUUCUGUCUGACUGGCGAAGUGGAUAAGGCUGUUGAAAUUGCCCAACGUGCGAAUGAUAAAGCAGCCCUCUGCCAUAUAGCCCAGCAUUACUCGUCUGAGCACAAGAUAGCGGAAGCCAUUCGCUUCUACGGUCUUUCCACGCAUCUGAGACCCGCAAUCCGGCUUGCGAAAGACAACAAUAUGGUGACACAUCUCACCUCGCUAGCCUUGCAAGCGUCGCCAGAUUGCUUGCUGGAUGUCGCAAAGUACUUUGAGGCAAAGAACAUGGGCGAUCGCGCCGCAGUGCUAUAUUUGAAGGCUGGUUCGGUGGCCAAGGCGGUGGACGUCGGUCUGAGGGCGGGGGAUGUUGGAGAGCUUGUUCGGAACUUGCCCCCAGAUACGGAUCCUGCUAUUCUGGAAAAAUUGUCAAACUACUACCAAUCCCACGACAAGCCCUCAGAAGCAUUGCAUCUUUUGUUGCUUGCGAAGAGAUUCGAUCAGGCUCUGGCUCUGAUAGAUCAGCAUCAGAUCCCGCUCACCGAAGAACUCAUCGAGGCCAUUCCCCUGACUGAUUCCGCCGAAGACAAGGCUCUUCUAGUGCAAAUCGCCGACGCGUGCAUGGCUCAGCAGCAAUGGGCUUUGGCAUGCAAGAAGUAUACCCAAGCAGGCGAUCGGCUACGCGCGAUGGACGCUCUCCUAAGAUCCGGAGAUACAGACAAGAUCAUCUUUUUCGCCAAUGUGUCGGGUGCCAAAGACCGGCAGAUUUAUGUUAUGGCAUCGAACUACCUGCAGACUUUGCAAUGGCGAAACGUGCCAACAUACCUGAAAAGCAUCAUCACGUUCUAUACGAAAGCGAGAGCUUGGGAGCACUUGGCCAGUUUCUAUGAGAGUUGCGCGGCGGUGGAAGUAGACGAGUUCCAGAAUUAUGAAAAGGCUCUCGGAGCUCUGAAAGAGGCCAUCAAAGUUAUCGACAAGAUAAAAGAUCCCCAGAAGCGGGACCAUUCGCUCCACCAGUUCGAGAGCAAAGUCUCCACCAUGGCGCAGUUCGUGCAUGCGCGUGAAAUAGCAAAGACGGAUACACUGCUAACGUUCCAGAUAUGCGAGCAGCUGCUCCAAAUGCCGGAUAUUGAUGACGCAAUACGGAAAGGUGACAUCUACGCUCUAUUGAUCGAAUUACACUUCAGCAACGGGUACUAUCCACAAGCGCUAGAUCUGCUAAACCGAAUGGAAGCUAGUCUUCCCGGGGUCAACGUUGCCUAUUACGUUGAUGAGAGGAUAAUACAGGCAUUACGUGGGGAUAGAGAUGGGAAUGUGGGUGGCGAGGUCGUUGAAGAGAAUAUUUCGGUUUUGGAGUGAUGGGACGCCGCAUGCCGUUCAGAAGGCUUUGUAUUGUAACCGACUUUGAAUAACGGAAUGAUACCCGGCACUGACACUGAGCGUGUUCGUCGACGAUCUCCCGACACGAGUGAUCGCCACAAUGAGUAUUAACUGAUCAUUCC